ACUCCAAUCCCGCUUUCAUUAUCGAGAAGGAGGGGCUGUUGAUGUCCAGGGUUUGUACUUAGAUAACAUAAAAGCCUGUGAAGGACAGGAGACAAUUAUGGCAAGGCUCUUCGGGCUCUCAGUUUGUCUCAGGAGUUGCUGGUGAAGGGAUUUUUGGUGACUAUUAUUGAAGCUGCGUCUGUGCCAGCAAUCAAUGGGGCACUGCAUGAAGGGAUCCCUCUGCCUAACCUGCUAGGCAUUAAAUACGAAAAUGCUGAUAUUCGCAUGUCUGAGUCACAGGUUUUUAUGUAUAUAAGGGCUGCCAGUUGCAGGUCAGCUGCAGAGAAGGAGGACAACUCUUGAGACCUUUCUUAGUGACCAAGAGCUUGCGAAGGUACCACAACCAAGAUGUUAAAGGUUUGGGCCAUUCUCCUCUUCGGCGGCCUGCUGACCCUGUCUCAAGGACUAGAUGGAACUGUUCAGGUUCUUUCCAGUGUGGAUGUAAAUGGAUUAGAAAAAGUUAUAGCCGAUGUGCUCCACAGAGGCGACAUUCUCAACAGUGUGCAAGGAACCAUGUCAGCUGCCGAUGGGGGGCUCCUGAACCUGGCAAUUGGCCUCACAGGGCUGGAAAUUAAAAAACUUACUCUCCCCAAAGUAUCACUGAAGCUCCUGCCAGGAGUGGGGGUCCAGAUGAACGUCUACACCCAAGUGUUAAUUGAAGGCAAAGGCCUUCUAGGUAAGGUGCUCAGUCUCCAGGUGGACGUGAACAUUACCGCAAGAGCCAGACUGGCACAGGAUGACAUGGGUGCCCCCAAGUUAAUCGUUGAAGACUGCAAGACGCAGCUUGUUAACGUUCGGAUCCUCCACAAUGUGCUCCCAUUACAUCCAACUGUCCUAAAGGAUGCCCUUGGGAACCUCUUUCCUGGAGUGCUGUGCCCGCUAAUUGAUACCGUGCUCAAUGCUGUGAACCCUCUGCUGAGCACCGUGAACUCUGUGGUCCCGCUGGGUGUGGUAGGAAAUCUCCAGUACACUUUAGCGAGCCUCCCCGUGGUCAGUGAUGCAGCAAUCAAACUGGAUUUAAAUGCUGUCGUUAAGGAUUUGCUUGGCAAUAAAGUCGACGAUCCCACGUGCUCAGCAGCAACCGUAUCUCUGCCGUCAGAGGUGGACAGCUCUUCCCAGCUGGGCCUCUCACUGUGUCUCCUCAGCUCAGUGCUCAAGCUGCUGCUGGCGCCUGGGAAACUCAGUACAGACAUUGCAGGUCAAACGCUUCCCACUGACAUCCCACUGACAGCCUCUGCCCUUCGCACUCUCGUUCCCGAGGUCUCUGAACUGCUGCCAGAAUCACAGCAACCGUUGCUGAAGAUCAGAGUUCUGGAAAGGCCUGCAGUGUCGGAGCAAAAUGGGAACGUCACUGUGCGCCUCCCUGCUUCCAUUGAGGUUUCCCCCUCAGACUCGCCCCAGCAGCCUCUCUUUGUUCUGGAUGCUGAUAUUGUGCUGAGUGUCCAGCCAACCAUUUCAGACAACAAACUCCGCUUCUCUGUAACUCUGGAAAGAGUCGGCUUCAGACUGGCUUCUUCGCUAAUUAGCGAUUUCAAUGUUGCACUUCUUGAACCAUUAAUCAGUGACAUCCUCAGCGCUGCGUAUGUGCCACUCAUCAAUGAUGCCCUGAAGGUGGGAAUUCCUCUGCCUAAUCUUCUCAACCUGAACUGGGAGAAUGGUCUUGUCAAAGUCAUGAAUAAUGUUUUAUUGGUUAACGCGCUGGCCUGAGCCUUCUACAAGGGGCAAGUGUUGGGGGCAGACCGCCACUGGCACCAGGAUGAAGGAGAGAAUUCACGACUGAAGAACCCUGCACUUCCUUACUUUUGUUCCCCAUGACACUUUGAGUCAAGGCUAUGAUGAUAGAAACAAAAUGUUCUGCUUCUGAUCAUUGAAUCAAGCUGUAGAAAAGACUUCGUAGGAAUGAAAUUGUUGCUUACUUGGUUGAAAAUAGUUCGGAUUUUCUAAGCAAACUUCUGCAGUCAGCUUAAGCUUCAGGAGAGUGUGGAGCCGAGAGCCCUGCUUUGUGCAUGGGGGUGCUUUGCAUUUCUUGUUACCCUUUCAAUAAAAGCUUUCAUUA